GAAAAACCUUCGGGCCUUGCAGCAAAUCCUGGUCUACACCGUCCAGGCUGGGUUUAGCUAAACUGAGUGUGCAGGUUGGCUUGGGCUUUGAGCGACUGUGCGUUGCAGCGAAUGGCUAGGGACCUGAUCGGGCCGGCACUGCCGCCAGGCUUCAAGGAGCACGCGACAGUUGAGGACGAGGAACGGGACCCGAGCCCGGUUGCAGGGCCAGCUCUGCCCCCUAAUUACAGAAGCUGCAGUUCAGACUCCUCAGACAGCGACGAGGACAGUAGUUCUUUAUCUGAAGAAGGAAAUCAAGAGUCUGAAGAAGAGGACACUGGUCCAAAUGCAAAAAAGCAGAGGCGAAAUCAAGACAGAGACGACGAUGAUGAUGAUGACGAUGAUGGGUUUUUUGGACCAGCCCUUCCUCCUGGGUUUAAGAAGCAGGAUGACUCUCCUCCCAGGCCUAUAAUAGGUCCCGCAUUGCCACCUGGUUUCAUUAAGUCUCCACAGAAAAAUGACAAAGGCAGAGAGGAUCCAGGGCAAGUGUCAUCAUUCUUCAACUCAGAGGAAGCAGAGAGCGGUGAAGAUGAGGAUAUUGUUGGACCAAUGCCUGCAAAAGGACCAGUUAACUAUAGCGUUACGACAGAGUUUGAAAAAAGGGCCCAGAGGAUGAAGGAAAAAUUGACCAAAGGAGAUGAUGAUUCAUCUAAACCAAUUACAAGAGAGUCCUGGAUGACUGAGCUUCCACCAGAAAUGAAAGAAUUCGGUCUGGGGCCAAGAACCUUUAAGAGAAGAGCAGAUGACAAAUCCGGAGACCGAUCCGUCUGGACAGACACCCCAGCUGACCGGGAGAGGAAAGCUAAGGAAAUACAAGAAGCAAGGAAGUCAUUCAGUAAGAAAGAUGAAGAAAACAUAUUGUCAGGAAGGGAUAAGAGACUGGCCGAGCAAGUAUCCUCAUACAAUGAGUCAAAAAGAUCAGAAUCCCUCAUGGACAUUCAUCAUAAGAAGUUAAAGAGUAAAGCUGCUGAAGAUAAAAACAAGCACCAGGAGAGAAUACCAUUUGACCGUGAUAAAGAUCUCAAGGUUAAUCGGUUUGAUGAGGCUCAGAAAAAAGCCCUAAUAAAGAAAUCCAGAGAACUAAACACCCGGUUUUCACACGGCAAAGGCAACAUGUUUUUAUAAGUGUACUUCAGUGAGGUACACGUAUACUGAUCAGCCCGAACCCCUCAGAAUAUACCUUUGUCAAUAGUAAUUAUGUGCACAAAUAUGUCUCCUUUUGUAUAAAGUAGAUUCAGGGUCUACAUUUUUAUAAAUUGUGACUUUUGAAAAGUUGGGGGAGGGGAGAUAUUGGGGAAAAAAGCUUUGUCUUCACAAUAGCCCAACAGGACAUUGCUACUAGAAAAGGGUUUCAAUGAAGAGAAAGGGCUCCUCACAGAGUGUGGUGUGCAGCUUGAGGGGUCGUGUGGUCCAUUAGAGAAAAAGGAAAGGGACUGGGGGCAUUUGUGUGUGUUUAAUUGUUCACUUGCUUGUUGAUUUUUAAGACGGGGUCUCACUGUGUAACCUUGGCUGGCCCAGAACUAUGUAUACUACUAGCAAGCUGGCCUCAAACUCACAGAGAUCCACCUGCCUCUGUCCCCAAGUGCUGGGAUUAUAGGUGAGUGCCACCAUACCGUUCUUUGAACAACAUUACAGUUAGAAAAAAAUGCAUUGCUUCAGAGGCCUCUGUAAGUUGAGUGUCAGCUGGUAUGCCUUAAAUAUCCAUAAUCCCAUGUAUCCAUCUGACGAGAGUCUGUGAUGUUGGUUAAGGAAUUGUGUAAGAGCUGAGGAUGCUUCUUAAGCUCCUCGUGAUUUGUAGUAUUAUGAAAUAGAUAUUGAUAUUCGGGUGUGAUUUUAAAGGAUAAUAUAAACUUUAAAAUGUUUUUCAGCUUACUGCAUUGUUACGUCAGAGAGAUUUCCCCGUGUGAUGUUUGUCUGACCACCAUAAUUUGUUAGAGAAUGAUCUUUAAAAACAUAUAAAUUUGCCAUGGUCUGUUUCUCCUUUAAAGUACUAUGGGAACAGACAAUCAGUGUUCUUAUAUAGAAUGGAAUGUUUUUGGGUGUUCUUGGCUUUUCUUCAUAUAAUUAUUUUAAGAGUCCAUCCCACAAUACUACAGCCCCUAAUUUUUUAUGGUGUCUUACAUGUUUCCUUAGUUCUGGGUGAGACUGUAUACUCUCUACCACAGUCUGGACAUUUUUCUUCAAAUAUAUUUAACCUGCCCUAGAAUCAUUGUGUCAGGCUGUCUUAGUUAGGGUUUUACCUCUGUGAACAGACACCAUGACCGAGACAACUCUUGUGAGGACAUUUAAUUAGGGCUGGCUUACAGGUUCAGAGGUUCAGUCCAUUAUCAUCAGGGUGGGAGCAUGGCAGCAUCCAGGCAGGCAUGGUGCAGGAGGAACUGAGAGUUCAACAUCUUCAUCUGAAGGCUGCUAGCAGAAUCCUGGCUUUCAGGCAGCUAGGAUGAGGUCUUAAAGCCCACACCCACAGUGACACACCUACUCCAACAGGCCACACCUUCUAAUAGUGCCACUCUCUGGGCUAAGCACAUACAAACCAUCACACAGGCCCUUGCAAAUCCAUCAACUUUAAAUUUCUUGGCUUGUCUUCCAAACUGAACCUAGUGUACACAGAGCAUAGGGUUUUGCCCUUCCUGCUGUUGUAUUUAUUUAGUGCCUGUCAGGUUGUUAAUUGUUUUUAUUGGUUUUAAGGUAAAGAAGCUGUUUGGAUUAUCUCAGGUUAAGGAAAUAUUGUGAUUUUAAUCGUAAAUAUUUGUAGGGGAGGCAAUCUGAAGGACAUUAUACUCACCUAUUGUCAUCCAUGUGAAGUCUAGGACGCUGUCUUUAUGGUCUCGACAAAGCUGCCUGCAUCUUGGAACAUCACAUGGGAUCAUCUGAUUCAUAUAUGUAUAUAGCACUUUGUAUCUGGUUUACUGGAAUAUUAAUUCUGAAUGGCUUUUAAAAAAUAACCAAAUAAUCACUGGAAAUGGGGAGUCUGCACUGGCAACCACCCAGUGGGCGCGUUAUGUGCUUUAGUGCUGUAAGCACUGCCUCUUGGGCUGUUAAACAGACGCUCCUAAAGAGGGAGAGAAAAGCUAAAUGCGAAUUCUGGGCAUUUCUAGCAGGCUUUUUGUUCUGCUGACUCUGUAUUCUAGUUUUUACAAAGCAUAGAGUUGUAAUGGGAAAAUGUUUUGAUUCCCAAUACGUGUGAACUUUAUAAAAAUUGGGCAAACUGUUCAAAUUACAAUAUAAAGUAUUUCUUAAUAGUGGCACAAUUUUUAUACUAGUAUAAACAGCCUAUUCAAGGACUGCUGCUUCUUAAAACCUGAAUUAUUUUGAGUAAAUUAAAGAGACUUCUUGUCCCCAUAGAUUUGGACAGACCUACCCUUUGGCUAAAGUGAAUGGGUUUCCGCAUAUAAAACUUUAUACAAGAGUAUUAAUUCUGACUAGCAUGGUGAUGAGUGCCUUUAAUCCCAGCACUUGGAAGGCAGAGGCAGGCACAUCUCUGUGAGCUCAAGGCCAGCCUGCUCUACAGAGUGAAUUCCAGGACAGCCAGGGCUGUGUAGAGAGACCCUGUCUCAAAAAUCCAAGAAAAAGGAGUAUUUAUUCUGUCCUUUUCAUAUUGUGAUUAUUCCCCACCCCCCAAUGAGAGGAAAAUGUUUUUUUAGCUAUUAGAAAACCUAACAUAUUUUGUGAAAUGUGUUACUUUUAAAAGUUAUUAUAUGUAAGUACACUGUAGCUGUCUUCAGACACUCUAGAAGAGGGCAUCAGAUUUCGUUAGGGAUGGUUGUGAGCCACAAUGUGGUUGCUGGGAUUUGAACUCAGGACCUUUGGAAGAGCAGUCGGUGCUCUUAACCACUGAGCCAUUUCUCCAGCCUCUUUUUAAAGUUAAAAUAAUAAGAAAGCAAUCUUUUUAAAGGAGGUAACCGUCGGCAGAGAGGCUCCUACGUAAAGAGCAUGUACAGCUCUUGCAGAUCACCUGACUCAGUUCCCAGCACCUACAUCUGGUGUCCACACUCCCUGUAACUCCAGCUGCAGGGGGUCUGACCCCUCUUCUGGCCUCCAUGGUCAUCUGUGCCCAUGAACAAAAUGACACUCAGACUCAUAACUUUAAAAAUAAAUAAAUCUUAAAAGUAAAAAUACCACUUCUGGACACUCGUUGGCCUUGCUUUCUCAGUGGAAGGGGCUAGGAGUAUCUGUACUAUGCUUACUAUUUCCUGUGACCUCAGAUGAAGGACAGCCCACCAGAUGUAUGAUUACCUCGCUGGCACCCUGGAGCCAGUGCUAUUUUCUGUCACCCAGAUGACAGUUGCAGUAAAGUAGAUGCCAUUUCCAGGGAGGUUUGGCCACAUGGAGACAUAAAUCUCAAUUAAUAUUGACCAUAAAAAAAUGAAGCAGCUCUGUGUGCAUUACAGAAAGAUGUUCCUCGUAUCAUCCCAUCUUUCAGAGAGCAGAGGCCUGCUGGAGUCCACUGCCCUGACAGUCAGCAUUUCCUAAUAAAAGCAGCCCUGCAACCCCUGGCCAUGUUUUACAGGGAGGGAAGAAGAAAGGAGUUAUUAGCACCAGGUCAAACCCUGGUGUCUCACCACUAACGUUGGCCAUCAAUUCCCUGGACGGCCUUGUCCAGGUCCGACUCUCAGCCUCAAACAGUAUCCAUACCACUGGUGAGCAGACGGUUGGUUUUAGUAGUAGGGGAAGAUGAGGGACUAAAACAAGAGAGGACCUGGCCAACCCAGGAUAAGACUUUCAGAUUGGCCUCCACAGGGAAAACUGAGCCCUGCUUGUGGGGUGGGGGACAUAGUCUACGUGAGUUUUUUCAUUUAUUUAGCUUUAAGAAUACAUUCACUUAUUCAUUUAUCCUUUGUUAGGUGUGAGAUUGCUAUGUGUAUAUAUCUGAGAGCCUUCCAUGUUUCAGAGUCACAUAAAUCAUUCGCCGUUACAUGAUACUUCUGGUUCUUAUGCAGACUAAUCAUGUUGAUACCAUCCUGAAAUACACGACAGUGGGGCAGAGCUCGUAAACUCAAGGCCUCGUCCGCUUCCACUUCUCCAUGGUGUUAUAGGUGUUUCUAGAAAAGCCUCUCCAGGGCGUUUUACCUGAGAGGAGGAGUCUACAUGGAGGAAAGUGGCUCCAGAUGAGAGCCCACGGAGCAUCACCUACCUGACUUCUGCUGCCCUCCUGAGGCUCCGUCCGGGCUGCAGUUACAGAGCCUUGUGCUGCUGUGGAAGAGCCUUUUGUUUGGUUGUGGUUGUUGUUUUGUUUUGUUCACAGCUUUAAAAACCCACUCUAACGGGGCCCAGGCAUGUGGGUGAGUGUGAAGUCCUGGCUCCAACCCCAGUUCUCAGCACCACCCAGAAAUUGUUUAACUGUGACCAUGGUGUGUACAAGGUGAAAAGGUUGUAUACUCCUUGUAGCCGUUUCAUUUACGAAAGGCUGCUUAGAAAAGGAUCGUUUUGAAGUAUAGUUUUAUAUAUACAUAUAUGAAUAAAAUGUCCUCUAUAUCUGAGAA